UCUGCUUCAUUAACCUAUUAAUUGUCAUGUCUCAUAUCCAGGAUGAACAAAUCCCUGUGGGAGUUUUCGAGUUAUCUGAGGGGAUGAGCCAUAAUUCAGGAGACUUCUUCAUGGGUCUCUCUGAUGGUGUAGAUCCAACCCAAGAUCUUCCAUCUGUUGGCAGUGGGAGGAGGGUGGUGUCCGAAGAUAGUGAUGAGGUGCCGAAGAUAGAUGUGAGCAACGUGAAAGGUAAGAAUGUUGUGGGUGAAGUGCCGAGGGUUGGGUCGUCCGCUGUCGCUCAUGACGGGUUAACUGAGGAUCUGGUGAAUGUGAUUGAGAAUCGUACUGUGGUAUGUGAAGCAGUGGGGAGUGCGAAACGGAAACGUGAGAUUGACAUCUUUCCUUCGCCCAAACGUGAUCGACAUUCCCUUGGGGGCGAAAGGGAGGUGGUCGCGGGUAAACAUUCGCGACCUAAAAAAUUGGUGCCCUCUCGGAAUUUGGGUUUAUUAAACCGUAGCCAGGUUCGACGAAAACAACAGCUAGUGCAUUCCAGCUCUUCGGGAGAUGAAUAUGAGGAAGACCCGAACCGUGGUACCAAACGGAAGCGGGUAGGCUAUUUAUUCAGAACCACCCCUCGCCCGUUGUUGCCUGAUCUGUUGACUGAGGAUGAUCAAUGGAAGUUGGAUGGUUGCAGUGCCCGAAAGCGUGUGAAACGGGUUGAAAGAGCGGCCGGUCUGGUUUUGGGCGAGCUGUCCGGGUUGACCACUGCCUUUAUGUCAGAGAAAGCACGCAGUGCCCGGUUACAGAGGCGUAAACAUGGUUUGGAGGAGGAACUUAAUAACGUUAAAGCCAAGCUUGGCGAGAUGGAGCCUGCGGAAAAAAUUAAGCUUCAAGAACAACUGGCGGGUGUUUCGAAAGAGCGUGACGAAUGUCGGGUUUUGAUUCGUGAGCUGGAGGGUCAAAUUAAUGCGAGCAAGGAGGAAAAUCGGGUUGCUCAAGAAAAAUUGAAGGCUUUACAGGAUAUGCAUUUGGAUGUGACCGGAAAAUUGCAAGUUAGUGAGACUGCCCGCUGUGAGGCUGAUAAGUUGGUUUCCCGCUUGCGGGGUGAUAUUGAGGGUUUGAAAGUGACACUUGAGAAUGUGCCUCGUCGAGAAGUGGUGCUAGCUGAGUUUCGUGCCAGCGACGAAUAUAAGCAAGAAGUCAUUGAGUCACGUGUGGCUGCUGUGGAGACCUUCAGAACCAGCGAGGAUUUUGCCGAAGAGAUACGCCGAGCAGUGCAGCAGAGCCUGAGUGAGUUUAAAAAGGGCGUGGAGUAUGCCCAAGCCUUAGACCAUGCGCGGGCAAUGGCGAUAGCGGAGUUUCGUGAUGGUGUUGCUUUUAAACAAGCUGUUGGAGCUGAAGCUGGGAAGAUGUCGCUGCGGAUCGUAGAAUGUUGUCGAGAAUUUUUUAAGGAUGAUAUGCAACGGCCAUCACAGGAGUUUGGGGUGUUUUUUACAGAGUUCAUUCGUCGUUCACGGGGUGCGCCUGGAAGGAAACCCGCUAUGUAAUCAUCUGGGGUUUCCGCUUUUGUUUUGUGAUAUAAUCCUUUGUUUCCAGAUUAUUAUGUAUUAAGUAUGACCAGUAGAUGGAUGUUAU